AUGAGAGUCAACUGACAGUUGGCCAGAGGCCACAGUGGACAAUGAUAUGUUUGUUUAUUAAAACAAUACAAAUUAAAUAAUAUAUUUUAUUUAGUAACAGGAUAUAGUUUCAAUACAUUGAAAACGUUUUUCUGGGGAAAAAAUGAUGGAUUGUGAAGAGGGACCAGACAUUCCAAGAUACAUCAUUUCCAUGAAUAAUCAAAAUUUGGUUUUUCAACAAAACGAUUUAUUUCCUUCUGCUUUUCCCUGCAUGGAGGAGAUAAGAAGACAGGGACGUUUGUGUGAUGUCGUCUUGAAGGUGGAGGGACAAUCUUUUAGUGCCCAUCGAAUUGUCCUUGCAUCAACAAUUCCAUAUUUUCAUGCUAUGUUCACAAAUGAUAUGAUUGAAUCCAGAAGCAGGGAGAUUGAGAUGCAAUGUAUUGAUCCUAUAGCAUUAGAAGCCCUCAUAAAUUUUGCAUAUUCUGGAAAAGUUAUUUUAGAUCCAACUAAUGUGCAGAGUAUUAUGAUAGGUGCUUCUUUUCUUCAGUUAACUAAAGUAAGAGAUGCAUGUGCAAAUUACUUGCUUCAAAGGUUACAUCCUCAGAAUGCAUUGGGAUUCAGGGAUUUUGCUGAUUCCUUAGGAUGUAAUUCAUUAGCUGAAUCUGUUGAUAAAUAUGUUGAAACAUAUUUUCAUGAAGUAUCACAAAAUGAAGAAUUUUUGAAUUUACCAGUUGCAGAAGUGAAGAAGUUGCUGAAGAAAAAUGAUCUUAGAGUUGAAAGUGAAGAACAAGUUUUCGAGGCUUGUAUGCGUUGGGUAAAAUAUAGAGAUAAUAGAAAAGAGUUUUUACCAGAAUUAUUGGCACUAGUACGUUUACCUCUCCUUUCACCUCUUUAUUUAACUGACAGGGUUGCAUCAGAAGAACUUAUUAGAUUUUCUUUUCAAUGCCGGGAUCUUAUGGACGAAGCCAGAACAUUCCAUUUAAUACCGGAAAGGAGAUCACUUAUGCAAAGUUUUAGAACUAAACCAAGAGUUUCUGAUAUUGUUGGUUACAUUUUUGUUGUUGGUGGACUCAAUCGACAUGGAGAUUCUUUGAAUGAUGUUGAAUUUUUUGAUCCAAAUACCAACCAAUGGCAAUUGGCACCUUCAAUGACAAUGCUCAGGUCAAGAUUGGGGGUUGCAGUAUUGAAGUGUUGUCUCUACGCAUUUGGAGGUUAUAAUGGUAAAGACAGACUUUCCAGUGUAGAAAUGUAUGAUGCUGUAAAGAAGGAGUGGUCCAUAGUGGCACCGAUGCAGUGCAAAAGGAGUGCUUUAGCUGCAGCCGCUUUGGGAGAUUUAAUAUAUGUCUGUGGAGGAUAUGACGGUGUCACUUCUUUGAGUUCUGUUGAGAUGUAUCAUCCAAGUACCAACACUUGGUGUUCCUUGACCCCAAUGAAUAAAUCAAGAAGUGCAAGUGCUGUUAUUGCAUGCCAGGGCUAUAUCUAUGCUUUAGGAGGCCAUGAUGGGCUAUCGAUAUUUGAUUCUGUGGAAAGGUUUGACCCAAACAAUAAUACUUGGACUGAAGUUGCUUCAAUGCUCAAAAAAAGGUGUCGUUUGGGGGUUGCUGUUAUGGGCGGUAAAAUUUACGCCUGUGGGGGCUACGAUGGAAGUUCAUUUUUGAGGACAGUGGAACGAUACGAUCCAGGAACUAACAAAUGGACUUUCAUUGCCUCAAUGAAAUAUCAAAGAAGUAGAGUAGCUCUAGCAGCUAACGCAUGUAAAUUAUGGGCUGUUGGUGGGUAUGACGGUAUAUCCAAUCUUAUUAGCGUGGAAGUUUACGAUCCAAAGACUGAUACUUGGAGUUUCGCUCCUGAAAUGAUUGCCCACGAAGGGGGAGUUGGAGUAGGGGUAAUAGCUGUGCCAUAAAUGACCGGAGGAUCUGCGUAACGUAUACCAAGUUCAAAUUUCAUGUGGUGAAAACUACGGAUAUUUCAAGGCAAAUUUAUCAAUAAUUUCAUUUUUUGAAUGACUCGGAAUUUUUUCUCUGCUUGAAAAUUAAUAAUUCCCAAAUUUGUCGAAUUCGUAAAGGGAUGACAAUUGCUCACAAUAAGUCUUAUUGUAACAUCCGUAAAAGUUUGGUAUUUUUUAAUUCUGUACAUAGUUUAGCUCUUUUAUUAAAUUCAUUCUUGAACGUUAAUGAUCUAGCUUUAUUUUGAAAGUUAUUAUGUUCGAAAUAAAUCCAAAUCAGUAUUUUAAUGUGAAAGAAUCGACGAUUAGUCUAGUCUGGUAGAUAACCUGGGCAUCGAUGUGAUAAUCUGUUUUUAUUGUGAUAAUUUAAAACUGUAUAGGUAACAACGCUGUUAUAUUUAUGAAAUUCAGUGGUUUUAUGUAUUAUUCAGGGUUCUGUCUCCGAGAACUUAAAAACAUACAUAUUUGUUUAUAUGUAGUCUUCCUUAGGAAAUCUUAAUCUCAAAUUUUAAAAACCUUUAUCAAC